AUGUCCACCAGAUCUUCCAUUUACGACCCGGGCGACCCCAGCCAGCCGCUGCUCUCACAGCAGCGGCGGCGCACCAGCACCUUCAACUUCCACCUGCCGUCGUUCAGCAGUCACCGCCGCGUGUCGCCUCUGUCGGUGCGGCGCGCCUCGCUGCAAGAAGUGCAUCCGCACCACGACGACGUCGAGCCGGUGUUGCCGGCCGCGCCCGUCGCCGCUCACCAGGAGACGCGCCUGCACAAGCCCCAGUGGGCGCUGAGCGACCGACCGCCCAACACAUGGGCUCAGAUCCGUCACACGUGGCGCGAGGAGUUUGCCGAGUUCUGGGGCACGUUCAUGAUCCUGCUCUUCGGCGCGGGCGUCGAGUGCGAGACGCGGCUGCACUACAGAGGGCCCGACAUCCGCGAGAACGCCGGCGACUUCCUGCAGUGCCGGCUCGCAUGGGCGGCCGGAGUGUCGAUGGCCGUGUGGAUGUCCGGCGGCGUGUCGGGCGGCCACUGCAACCCGACCGUGACCGUGGUGCUGGCCCUGUUCCGCGGCUUCCCCUGGCGCAAGGUGCCGGGCUUCCUCGCCGCGCAGGUGCUGGGCGCCGCCCUCGCUAGCCUUGCCGUCUAUCUCAACUACGCCACCAGUAUCGCCGCGUACGAGGGCGGCGCCGCCCGCUCCUUGGUCGGCGAGCACGCCACCGCCGGCCUGUUCUUUACGUUCCCCGCCGCGGGGCUGCCCUACGCCGGCGCCUUCUACACCGAGUUCCUGGCCUCGGCGGCGCUGGUCGCCAUCGUCUUCGCCCUGGCCGACAAGAACAACCUGGCGCCGCCCAAGGGCACGCAGCCCUUCGCCAUGUUCCUGGCCCUGCUGGCCAUCGGUUCCGCCCUGGGCAUCAACACGGGCUACGCCAUGAACGGCGCCCGCGACACUGGCCCGCGCAUCGCGUUGGCUCUCGUCGGCUACGGCUCCGACGUCUUCACCCACGACUACUACUACUGGCUCUGGGCGCCGUGGGUCGCCGCCAUAGCCGGUGGCGUUGCGGGCGCUUGUGUGUAUGAUGCUUUCAUCUACACCGGGAGGGAUUCGCCCUUCAACAUGCCGAGGAAAGAGGACGAGCGGGGUUUGUAA